CAUUGACCAGCAGGCGAGCUCGCGAGUUGGCUCUGAAGGCAGAGCGUUGGGGACAGCACUAGUACCACUAGCAUAUACGGUGCCUUCGAGACGGACGUCCGUCUAGCGUCUAGUGCGUCGUUGCCGUGCCGCUUGACAGCAGCAGCAUAACGUCGUUCGUCUAGCCUCCGAGUGAUCGGAACACAGCCGCCGACAGCUCUCGCAAGCGCCCGGCGACGAGACAAGCACAAGAAAGCUGCAACUGUUCUUCGGCCCCUCAGCCAGACUAUCGACAGCAUCAGCUGCGCCGCCGUGGUCGGCCGCUAGGCGCUAUCAACUAGCCACAAGCUCGCGCGCACCGCGCACUCUGACUCGCGGCUCAACGCGCGAGGCGCGAGGCGGCGCACGACGCGGAGGCCGGGGCCGGGGCUGGGGCCGCAGGCGGAGGCGAUGCCCGCCGGCACGGGCGCCUCGUACAGGUCCCUCGGCGACCUGGGCGAGGACGUCUACAGGAGCACCACCAUCCAGGAGCACGCCCACAGCCACGGCGCCGGCCAGACGGUCCUCGAGUCCGUCAAGAAGGCCUUCAGCUUCGCCGCGCCCAGGGUCGAGCUCGCCAUGUGCAAGAAGAAUCCCCUGAUCGAGGACAAGCGCGAGAGCGUCUCCAUCGUGUCCAGGGAACGAAGCAAGAUGCCGACCGCAGCCACAGCUGAAGAGUCUGCUCUUUUGGGCGCAAUGCCGUCGGACAGCAUGGACGACAUCGAGCUGAAAAACAUCCAGCUGCAAUUCCCGACGCUGAGGUAUUUAACAAGGGAGGACGGCUCGGUGCGGGAGGAGCGCGUGGACACCGACAAAGGCUCGCUUCUCGUGGCAGUUCAGGGCAACCGAGCCAAGCCCGCCAUUCUCACCUACCACGACCUGGGCCUCAACUAUAUCUCGAGCUUUCAAGCCUUCUUCAACUACAUCGACAUGCGAGUCCUGCUGGAAAACUUCUGCGUCUACCACGUGAACGCGCCGGGCCAAGAGGAGGGCGCGCCGACUUUGUCCGAGGACUACGUGUACCCGACGAUGGAGGACCUCGCGGACCAGCUGUUGUUCGUUCUGGGCCACUUCGGGCUGCGCUCGGUGAUCGGUUUCGGCGUGGGCGCUGGCGCGAACAUCCUGGCCCGCUUCACUCUCGCGCACCCCGACAAGGUGAACGCUCUCUGCCUGAUCAACUGCGUGUCCACGCAAGCCGGCUGGAUCGAGUGGGGUUACCAGAAGCUCAACUGCCGGCACUUGCGCUCCCAAGGCAUGACCCAGGGCGUCCUCGACUACCUCAUGUGGCAUCACUUUGGACGGGGCACCGAGGACAGAAAUUACGAUCUCGUGCAGGUUUACAAAAACUACUUUGAACGCCGGGUCAACCCGACAAACCUGGCCUUAUUUAUCGACAGCUACGUGCGCCGAACCGACUUGAACAUCGCUCGAGAGCUCGAUCCCACGCGUAGGAAGGACGCUACGACGCUCUCUGUGCCCGUCAUCAACAUUACGGGCUCGCUUAGUCCUCACGUCGACGACACCGUUACUCUCAACGGCCGACUCGACCCUACCAACAGCUCCUGGAUGAAGAUAUCUGAUUGCGGAAUGGUUUUGGAGGAACAGCCAGGCAAAGUAAGCGAAGCAUUCCGAUUAUUCCUUCAAGGUGAAGGCUACGUGGUGAGGUCCCCGGGGAAGCCUACAGCGCCUACAACACCCGAAGUUGCACCGCUUUCCCCAUUGAAAAUGGCUGACUACCGACUUGCAUCACUUGAAGGACUGAAUCAUAUUUGUAGCAAAAAAAUUGACUGGCCAACAGCGGCUAUACACAUCACUGAAAAUCCGUUACCAGAGGCGGUUGUCUGUUAAAUUAAAUUCAUUAACGCAUUAUUUUAUUCUCCUAUAGAAAAGCCUGCUCUUUCCUCUGUUCGUGUACAAAACAAUGUUAAUGAAGGCAAUGCUUUUAAAUUACUUUGUCGAUUCGUUAAUAUGUAUUGACGAGGUGAAUUUUUCUAGAUACAAGUCUAUUGAAAAAUAUAAUACAGAUGUUAUCAACGUAUUUACUCUCAGUGGAAUUAAAUUGAAUUAUUAACAUCAAAUUAAUCUCAAUAGACUUACAUCUAUUUUACUUCUUUUAUUUAUCGUCAUAAAAUAUUAAGCUGCUAAUGAAAAAAAAUGUUUGUCAUAAUUUUAACCUCCUAUUGAAUAUUCGAAAAAUGUUAGUCACUAAAUGAAACAAACAUUUCUUGAAUCAGUCGUGCUUAUAUUAUUUUUCAUUGGACAUGAUUAUAUAUCUUCAUCAGUUUUUCCGACAAUGGACCAUACGGAACACUGGAUAGAUAUUAAAUAUCGACAAAAAAUAAGUGAAUAUUUUAAGUAAAAAUCGAAUGCAUCAACGAAAAAACGAUCUACGCUGGUUGUGCUCAUGACAAUGCACACCUAACACUGCUUUUCGUGUUCAUGAAAUCAACAGACUUCAAUUACCUUUGUAUCUUCGUUGCAACGACAUCUAAUAUCGUAAAAAGUAUGAUUUCUAAAAAACCGUGAGCCUACAUAGCCUAAGCUAAAAUCAUUUUAAUUAAGAAAGCUGUUAUUGUAUAGUACGAUUACUAUACUCUUAUUGUUAAUAUUCACUUGACUUUGGUUUGAUUUUGCUAUGCAUCACUCAAUUCUAAGUAUUACCAAAUCCCUUCUCAAAUGUAAUUUAACGAUGAUUUUGAAAAGUGCAGUAAAUUGCAUUGUAAUCAAAUAAUUUAAAUAUAACGAAAUCUCCGUUUUUAAUAAUCAUUCUGCUAUUCAUGAAAAAUUUACGUUGUUAUAUAUUACCGAUAGCUAGAACCUGAUCUUGUUAUUCAAUAAAUAUUGUUGAAUUAUUUAUCGUCUAACUACUAUGCGACGCUGUUUUGCUAUGUGUACGAUAUGUAUAAAUUAUUAUCACUAAGAUAAACACUGAAAAUUACUAUGAAAAAAAGUAAAUACUUAUCAUUAACACAAAUUUAUUCAAAAUGUAUGGAAGCGGAAUCAGCUUCAAAUAUUUUACAACGGUUUUCCAUAAAUAUCUGAAUGAAACAAAAAGCUCUGAAUAAUAUUUUGUACAAUAGCUGUACGAUAACCUGUACAUAUUGUACGCAAAACCUUUUUACAUCAUGACUAAUAAAACUCGGAUAAAUUAUAUUCUCGCUGUACAUCCGAAAAAUUUAGUUUGGAAUCAAAAGCAAUUUUAAUUCAUUGACAUGACUUUAAUUCAACAGCAAUAAAGAAUCGUGAAUUGAGCUAUUUCUAUGAAAAUGAAAUAAUAGUAGACACGUACCAUAUUGGUUUUUAAUUCUAAAACGCAGCAGAGAAAAUGUAAUAUUAAUUUAAAAAUCUUAGCUAUUCUAUAUAUUUAACUUUACAAAUAGUUAAUUUCAAAGAAGUGUCUCAUUAAAUAUUGGACCGUAAAAUGUUAUGCUAUAUUAACUGUUAGAAUUAGUAUGUUCAUGGAAAAUAUAUAUUGGCCUAGAUGCAAUGAAAAACGCGGUAAUGCAUCCAAUAAUGCCUAUAAAUGUAGAUAUGUGCAAAUUGAUAAAUUAACGAUGGAAUUGGCCAAAUGUGCUUUGUGUUAGGAAAAUAGUACCAUAUUAUAUUCUAUAACAGACACGAUUACGUACGAAUGAAAAUUGACAAUGUUUGUUCAGAAAUGAAUUUUUAUAAGUAAAAUACUAUUAAGUUUAUUUAAUUACUGUGCAAUUAUAAAAUCUUUUUAAUUAUUUCGUGGCUAACAACACCAGAAAUUGAAUGUUUUUCGUGAAAAUGUAUUGUUUUUCUAGACGGAUUGGAUACUACCUUUACAUUAAUUUUCAUAAGAACCGUGUGAAUAAUACGUUACAAUAACUCCAAUUUAUCACAGAACUGGCGUUUUUAUAUCCAUUUUACCAUUUUAAAACCGUUUGUGAAAUAAGCUCAUUCUUUCUUAUUGCUCUGCGAAAUUAAACAUUGAAAUUUCGGUAAAAAUACGAGCUGCUUUAAGAAAAUUGAAAACAAUUUCUACCGACUUUAAUCCAAUUGAUUUUAAAGAAUUCAAUUAAUGAUAACCUGCUGUUUAUGGUGCAAUCUGUUCUAAAAUAUGAAUGCAAUUAAUGUUUAAUUAAAAAUUUAGUUGCACUGAAUUUUUUUUUCACAGAAUUAGAUUAUAUAUCUAGGAUAAAAUAGCAUUUUCUAAAAUUGAAACCGUAUAAUUAACGAUAAGUUAAAUCGAGUAAGUUUGAAAAUAAAAAUACUUCGAUGAGGAAAAGGUCAAGAUCUAUCACAUGUAUUCAGCGUAGUGAUUUUCGAUACAUGUGUUUGAUAUAUGAUAUGAAUAAUCUAGAAAAAUAACGUGCCUGCUACAUAACGCAAAAAUGCAUAUGUAAUUUAGACUAAUAUUUCCAAAACCAGACAACUUUCGAUUGUUGAUACUCUGAUUACAAUUAAUGAUCCGUUUAUUAUCACGAUGAUAAUUGAUUUUUCUUAUUUCUAUUAUUACAUUUUACGACGGAAAAACGAAAGAAUGAAUCGGGUAUAAAGUGUAAAAAAAUAGCAAUUCUUUAUUAUACCGUUCUUACGUUUGCAAUUGUAAUUAAAUGACUGAAAAAAUUGUUGCAAUGUUAUUGUUAUAGAAAACAGAUACUCAUUGCGUGGUACUAAAUUUAUAUUUGAAAGAAUAUUAAAUUGACUAUUAUUUGAAGGAACGGAUAAAAACAACAGAAAGAUUUUGGAAAGUAACUUGCAUUAGUAACGUUCGAAUUUAAAAGAAUGUGAGAAAAAAAUACAGAGAUCAUAUAUAAAAUCAAGAAAUAAUUAUUAUAUAAAUAACUUGAAAGACAUUAGAAUUUAAAGCUUAAAAUAUUAUUUUGAAGUGUUAUUAUGGAAUAAAAUGCGAAGAAAUAUAAAUUAUAUAUUGAAUACAUAUAUAUUUGUUUAGCUUAUGCAUAGCAACUGAGAGACUUAAUGACACAUGCUAUAUUCUAUAUACUAUAAAUGACAAACUGGUCGAAAUAUUACAUUCUCUAGAACUACAAACCUUAACGAAUAACAUGAUGCUUCAUGAAAAAUAUAUAAGAUGUUCGCGUUUGCCGAAUUAUUCGAGUUAAUAAUUUUUCAUGGCUUAUGCACGCAGCAACUUCGUUCGAAAAUCUAUUCUAGUGUAUUUUAUAAACAAUUAGAUUAUAAAAUUAAAAAAAGUGAAAUGCGUACAUUAAUUUAUAAAUGUAUUAUUUGCUAAAAACGUACUUUACGCUGAGUGUAGUUGCAACACAUGCGUCUGUCCCGUAAAUCACUUACGACCACAUUGUAGAUGUUACUAUAAAAAAUACAAAUGCAAAAUAAUCCUCUCACAGUGUGAAGAUUUGUCUUUUUCGUCACAAAUAUAAUUGUUGAGUCAACUUCACUAAAUAACGCAACGUAAACUAAAGCAUAUACAAACAAAAUUAAAAUGCAUUACAACAUUUAAAAGAAUCAUAUUUUCUAUUAUCUGGUUGCAGUAUAUUUCCCUUGUUAAUGAUGAUUUCAACUAUAUCUUAAUUCACAAUAAACUAAAAACCUUGUUAUGUUUGUUUUACGAUCAUGGUAUUAUUUAAUAUAGCCAUGGUCGGUAAAAAAAUGUAAUUGAAUUGUAUCGAUCAUUUCUUCAAUGAGUAAAAAGUCAAUGUUAAGGAUCAGCCACAAUACAAAUCGCACGAGCCCGCAGGAGCUUCAAAAUAAUUUAAGAUAAAUGGAUAUGUGCACACAUUAACAAUAAAGCCCGUUAUUUCUAAUAAAAGUGCUUAAAA